CAUCGUGCGUCAGCAGUGACCAAUCUGCAAUCUCGUUGCUCAUAAGAAGAAAUGGAGCAACUACGUGCGGUUCGACGCCAACUCCAGCUCGGUUUGCUCUUCUCUUCCUCGCCGUCUUCUUCUUCGUCUUCUUCCUUCAGGUUGUGGAGGCAGCUGUCGAGGAGAUCGGCGAUGGCGCGUCCUCCGAUUCUCUCCCUGGCGCUGCCCUCCGAGACUGGACGUGUUCUCAGCAUCCAAUCUCACACCGUCCAGGGGUAUGUAGGCAACAAAUCUGCUGUCUUCCCCCUUCAACUUCUUGGUUAUGAUGUUGACCCUAUUAAUUCAGUGCAAUUUUCAAAUCAUACAGGAUAUCCAACAUUUAAAGGACAAGUUCUGAAUGGUCAAGAACUAUUGGAUCUAAUUGAGGGUCUAGCAGAAAAUGAUCUGUUAUAUUAUACCCAUUUAUUAACAGGUUAUAUUGGUUCAAUUUCUUUUUUAGAUGUUGUAUUGCAAGUUGUGGAGAGACUACGUUCAGUAAAUCCUGGGCUUGUAUAUGUUUGUGAUCCUGUUAUGGGAGAUGAAGGAAAGCUCUACGUUCCUCGCAAUCUGGUUUCUGUAUAUCGUGAGAAGGUUGUUCCUGUUGCUUCAAUGCUUACUCCUAAUCAAUUUGAAGUUGAGUUGCUAACAGGUGUGAGUAUCACAUCGGAAAGUGAUGGCAGGGAAGCUUGCAAUAUCCUACAUGCAGCUGGACCUUCAAAGGUGGUAAUAACCAGCUUAAAUAUAACGGACAAGCUCCUCCUCAUUGGCAGUCACCAGAAAGUCAAGGGUCAGCCUCCUAAACAGUUUAAGAUAGUGAUCUCUAAGAUACCUGCAUAUUUUACGGGUACAGGUGACUUGAUGACUGCACUUCUAUUAGGAUGGAGCAAUAAAUAUCCAGAUAAUCUUGAGAAAGCAUCAGAGCUUGCAGUAUCAAGCUUACAGGCUCUGCUGCGAAGAACAUUAGCAGACUAUAAAGCUGCAGGCUUUGACCCACAAUCUAGCAGCUUAGAAAUCAGAUUAAUUCAGAGCCAAGAUGAUAUUAGGAACCCAGAGGCCAAAUUUAAGGCUGAGAGUUUCAACCAUUGAUCAUCUUGAUUAAGCCAACACUUCAAAAAUAGACAUCAAAGUUAGGAGCUACUAUCUUUACAAGCAAAUUUACAUCAUUCUUUUUUCUUUUUUUCUUUUUUUUUUUUUUUGGAGAGAACUGCUCAUUCAGUAAAAUUUGUUUUGAAUUCGAUUUAUUAAUCAAGCACUGAAAUAUAUUCUGUUGCAAGUUAUAGUUUGGAUGCCUUGCAUAUAUUUUUUUGACAUUUUUUACCA